CUUAUAUCUUUUGCCUACAGUUAUGUCUAUAGAUAUAUGAGGGUUUAAACUCAAAAGGUCGUUUGGAUUAGCAACUUCAAGCUGUGGUUAGUAAUGCAUCGGAAGUGUUCUCGACUGCAAGCUCCUUAUAAUCCCUCUGUUUUCUGUUAGGAUGUUGUAGAUGAAAAAUUGCAAUGCGAUGCUAAUGUGGGUUCCUUGCGAAUUAUAUAGUUCUUGUGAGUUUCAUGCACGACAUUUCAGUCCUCCACUGCGAUCAACUGUCUCUCGGGCGUUCCUGACCUGGUAGCUCCUGAGAGCUCCAGCUCGGUCUCAUGUGGACUCUUGCGACACAUCGCUUCAUGUCUGCAAGCUGCCUAGCACGUGUUGCGAAGAAUACAUCAGCAAUGCGAUCUGCGUCGACACAGUAUACCUUGUUACUGGUGUGUACUGUGGCGAUAAUUUCUAACAAGGGCUUCGUGACUGCGGCACCCAACAACAUUUGCAGGAUCGGUCGUGGUCCUCAUCAAGCAUUUGCUAGUUCGCGGGCGCUAAUCACCAGCAUGGCUCACAAGGAAGCUUCCAAUGUGGAGGACCCCAGUGGAUCUGUGGAAAAUGAGAAAAUUGAAGUUGCGGGGCAACAUGUUGAAGUGGUGGGGGUUCCUGGAAUAUCCUCCACUGAUAUCAGCAAAGCGAUAAAAUCUGGACCAUUCCGACAAUGGCUGGACUACAUGAAAGGAAGUUCUGGUAUUUUGACUCUGGGCGGUAGUGGGGGAGGUCGUUGUUCUUUGAGGAAGAUCCUUAUCCAGAGUAUAGACAUGUUCGGGCCGCGUGUUGGAUUUGUAAAGUUCAAGGCAGACAUCAUCGAUCUUAAAACCGGCGCAAAGUUACCUGGCAUCGUAUUUGCGCGAGGCGGCGCUGUAGGGAUCCUCAUGUUGUUGGAAUGCGAAGGAGUUAAGUACGCGGUUCUCACUGAACAGGCUCGUGUGCCUGUGGGGAGAACUAUUAUGGAGUUACCUGCUGGUAUGCUGGAUGACGAUGCUGGUGACUUUGUUGGAACUGCUGCUCGUGAGGUGGAGGAAGAGACUGGAAUACACAUAAAGGCAUCAGACCUGAUUGACUUGACUGGUCUAUUAGAUGAGUCAACAGGUCGAAAAAUGUUUCCGUCACCGGGUGGCAGUGACGAAGAAAUCACGCUCUUCCUUUACAGAUGCCACGUGAAGAAAGAGGUGAUUGAUUCAUUGCAAGGACAAGACACUGGCCUAAGGGAUCAUGGUGAGUUAAUUAGAGUGCACGUAGUACCAUACGAUACAUUGUGGCGCAUGUCCCCAGACUCCAAAGUCUUGGCUGCCAUAGCCCUUUACGAAACGGCGCUUCGUUUGAAUCUCCUCCCAAAUUCUCCAAAUGCACCUGACCUCUCUCAAUUUUGAUGCAACUUAAUGAUGCAAUUCUCACCUCCCUAAGUACAUCGAGCUGAGUAACGACAUGGCCUGCUUGCUCGAUUUUUCACUAUUGUGCAGUUGUGCUUCAGCGGCGUACUGUCUAACAUUUAUCAUCGUCUAAGAUCGAAGUAGCAUUUUGGCACCCAAGUUUCAGUUGUGGCCUCUAUGCAUUUUUUCAAAGAUUGUGGUCACAGAUGUGUGAUGUAGAGUUGCUUUGAUGACAAGUAUUGCGAGUAAUAAAGAAUCCUUGCUUAUUUAUUGCUUAUUUCAUGAUAAGUUGUAAAUUGUGAAAGGCUUUCAAUUCA